AUUUUGUGUGCCAUUAGUCCCUGAAUGUGUCACACACCUGCAGAGAGGGGAUUAUGGUCCUGACAGCUGCCUCGUGCGACACCUAUAAAACCCCCUCUGGCUAAUGCACAACAUGCUAACAAGGCAAACACAAAGCGCAAAUGGAAGCUAGCAACAGUAGCAAAGUGAUGGUGCAGGUGUUUCUGUUGGCGCUAGUGCUUCAGGUCACUCUGUCCCAGCACUGGUCCUACGGCUGGUUACCGGGUGGCAAGAGGAGCGUGGGAGAGCUGGAGGCGACCAUUAGAAUGAUGGGUACGGGAGGUGUGGUGUCUCUUCCUGACGAGACAAGUGCCCAAACCCAGGAGAGGCUCAGACCAUACAAUGUAAUUAAUGAUGAUUCCAGUCAUUUCAACCGAAAGAAAAGGUUUCCUUCUGAAUAAAAAUGAGAAAAACUAACAGACUGUAAUAAGAUGGGAAUGAUAAGUGAA